CGUGUACUGAUUGCGCACCGUUCCGCUGACGUGGCUUUUCAUAUUAUAAAAAAAAAAAAAAAACACGAAAUACAGAGAAUGAAGAAGGCAUACACAAAAUGCAGAGAAAGAAGACAUCGUCUAUCAAAUCCCCUUCGUCUAGGUACAAGCAAUCUCCCAUUCGUUUGUCUCUUCUCCCCCAGAUCUCACCCCAAAUCUCGUCAUCUAAUCUUCAGUUGGUCUCUUCUGCGUCAAGGGAACUCCUCUGCUUGCGACCCACCUUUGUCAAGGUCAGUCCUCUCCUAUGCUCCGUGAUGAUUAUCAGCCAAGGUGAUUCAACUUUAAAUGCUGAAAUGGAACCCGAGAUGUACAUGACAAGGGUAGAGAUUGCAAGGGCACAUGUUUAUUAGCAUGAGGUAGGAAAGCAAUUUAGGCAUAUCCUCCUCCAUAACUGGUCGAGCUUUAACUGAUUGUACGAGCGUGAAAAGAGCUCUACCAUAUUAACAUUUUUUUUUGUCAUUUUCAUUGUAAUUAAUUUUACCCAUAUCAAUAUUUCAUAAUUUGUUUUGUAUUUCAUCAUGAUCUUACCCAUAUAUGUAUUCCAUAAUUUUUUUUUUUCAUUUUCAUUGAAAUUUGUUCAAGCCAUGCAUGCAUUCCAUGCAAACCAAGGUGCACAGCCUGUAGCAAAAACAGAGGAGUCCACCCAGUGCAUCAGCAUUUUUGCAAAAAGUUAAUUUCAUUGGAGAAUGGUGAACUGUCAGCUCCUGCAGACAACAACCAUAUUUCAGUGGAUAUGAACUACUGCGAUGUGGUGGAUGUGCAUUUGAUCAUUGAGGGUGAAAGCCUGCAGGACCAUUGGACAUUCUGCAGCCAUGAAAUCUUUGCAGAGAGUCUCAUAUGAUACAACUUUUUUUUUUUUUUUUUUUGUAUAAACUUGGUUUAGGCAAGUAAUAGAUGUAGCUGUUGUUGUAAUAUGUAUAUAUUGUUGUUGUUCCUUGUUGAACAUUUUCUUUCUGGUAAAGAGUGUUAAAGUUUUGUCCUCAUGUGAAUAACAGUCCCCUUGUUGAAUUUA